AUAGUCCAUUCAUCCAAUCCAUACUUUUUUAACUUGCUGUCAAGAAUACUGUGGGAGAUAUCAAAAGCUUUGCUAAAGUCAAGGUAUAUCAUGUCCACCACUUUCACCAUAUCCACAGAGCCAGUGGAUUUCAUACAAGACAAUGGUACUCCUUUAGACCUGAGCAGAUAGUCAAAGUUAAGGGACUGACGGCUGCUCCAGUUGGGAGGAGAAUUUGACAGUGGACUCUGGGACCUUUAUAGCAGUCUUAUUUAUUUACAGUGUCCUGUUAUCUUGAGCCCAGGAGAGAUCAAAAAACUAACGAACAAAAACCCCAAACCAACCACUCAGUUCUGCCAGUCAUCUUAUUCAGGCUGGUUUACAUUUAACCUGAAUGCAGGGACGCUAAGUAGUUUAAAAACUAUACCUUUACUCAUCAUAUAACUUUUGAGAGGCUUCCAUGCCCCCUUUUUGCUUUAUGUCCCCGCCCAGACUCAUGUUUGGACAUGUACACUUUUGACCUGGUGGUCAUUUUGGGGGGAAAAAAAUGCAUCAGGACUAAAUGUAUAAAUAGUGCUUUGUGGGUUUUUUGUUUAUUUACAUUUAAAGCUGUUGUUAAGGUCAUUUCAAUAGGCCAAUAGCAUAAAGAAGCGUUAAGUCAUUUUAAAAUAAUUUAUGAAAUAAAGCAGAUUAUCUCUGAGAGAGAGUUAGCUACGUGGAAAGGCGACUGUAGAAAAACAGAGGGAUAAUAUUCAGAAAGAAGGGGGGAAGAGAAAGACCAAGAGAAUAUAAAGUGGAUUAUCAGAAAAUGUGAGAGAGAGAGAGUUAGUUACAUGAAAAGGGGAAAAAAGACAGAAGGAGAGAGGAAAAUAAAGUGGACAAAAAGAGAGAGUUGUAAAACAGCAAGAAAGGAAAAUGCGGCUCUCUGACCGAAUGGCAGGGAGAGAAAAUGAAGACGAUUAUUACAAAGUGUGUGAGAGUGUUUAAAAAAACAAGAAAGAUAAAAGCACCUCACCCCAAGAGCAGUCACUAAUCAAAUGCCAGUAAUUCCAGGACAGCAGCCUCAGACAAGCCAGGCUCAAGGCUGAACCAAUUAGAAGAUAUUCUUUCAAUGUGUCAUAGAAUAUUAAAAUGAAUGCAUUUCCCUGAACCAAUCAUAAUGGGCCAUAAUGGUGGGGCAUGGCUAUUCUCCAUUGCACUGUUUAAUCACUUUUGUUGAGCCAGUCAGGAAUGGCCUUCUGAGGACUGGAACAUUUGUAAACCCCCAAGCAAUGAUUGAUUGACCGGUGUGUGUAUAAAAAACCUACUUUUUUGCAAGGCAGUUUAAACUAGGAACCUGUAGGUUCCGAUCAUGGCCUUUUACAAGAUGCCUACAGAUGCCAAGAAGCUCAGAUUGCCUCUGGGAGCACCUACAUGUGUUCAGAAGAGAUAGCCUGCCUACACUUAUUUCCCUGAAGAGGCAUCACUGGUACCGAACCCCGCGUUCUAUCCAGAAAUCGAACCAAAGAACCAGGGAGACUCUGUGGGGCCAUCGCCUGUUGUAAAUAAGGCAAAAGAUGUAAAAGUACUUCAAGAUAGGAUGCAGAGGCAUUUGUUGCUGGCUAUGAUGCAGGCAGAGUUAAGGUCUGAGGAAGGAGAGGAAGAAGAGCCUGUAUAUAUGGUGGUGGCCAAGGUAUCGUUGGAGGAUGGUGAGGCCAAGAGUCAGGCAGUAACUGACAAUUGCUGGUCAAAUGGCAAUAUCAUCAUGAUAACUAAGCUGGAGUCAUACAGGAUUACAGCCAGGGUACGUAGCGAGUUGCCAUCAGAAGCAGAGCAGUCUGAGACAGAAUUGCAAGAUGAGUAACAGGGAUCAUAGAUGAGACGGAGAGACAGACAAUGCCCAACAGCAUGGUCACUAGGAAUGAUGACAUUUCAGAAACAGAAGAGGGGGUGAUCUAGACCUCUUUAGCGGAUUAGUCGGAUAAAGAGAACCAGCCUUCUGGAAGAAUAAAUCUGAUAUGUACAUGCUGCUUUUGCAAAAAGGAGACUUAAAAGAAAACCUAUAGCAAAGUUGUCUCAUUCCCUUGAGAGACGGGGAAAGGAAAUGGCUGGAGUGGAGCUGGUGACCUUUGAGGAUGUGGCUGUGUAUUUCACGGAGGAAGAGUGGGCUUUGCUAGACCUGGGUCAGAGAGCCCUGUACAGGGAUGUCAUGCAGGAGAAUUAUGAGACUGUGACCUCGCUGGCAAAACCUGACAUGAUCUCCCGGCUGGAACAAGGGGAGGAGCCGUGGGUCCCUGAUCUCCAGGGCUACGAGGAAGGGGAGAUCCUGAGGAAUGUCCACACAGAAGGUGAGGGGAUGAUGAGUGAGAAUGAGGAGGAGAAUCCUCAGCAGGAAGGUCCUGAGCAAGUGGAUCUACAUGGGAUGGUAUCCGGAAGAGCUGAAAAGGACAUUUCCCAGAAUCCUGAGGAGCCAGACAUCUGUGAGAGCCAGCACAGGCCAGAGAGGCAGCAGGAAAACCACUCAGGGGAGAGAUGGGCUAAAUCGACUCUCAGAAGCAGACGGGUCAAGAAAAUCAAAGAAACUGUUGAACAGAGAAACCCCACUAUAGAGAGACCCUACACUUGUGGGGAUUGUGGGAAAAGCUUCACUUGGAAAUCAGUCCUUAUUAUUCACCAGAGAAUCCACACAGGAGAAAGACCCUAUAAGUGUCUGCACUGUGGGAAAAGCUUCAGACAGAGUUCAGCCCUUAUUACACAUCAUACAAUCCACACAGGAGAGAAGCCCUAUAAUUGCCCUGACUGUGGGAAAAGCUUCAACUGCAGCUCAACCCUUAUUCAACAUCAUAGAAUUCACACGGGAGAGAAACCCUACAAAUGCAGUGACUGCGGGAAAAGAUUCAGUGUGAGCUCUCACCUUCUGUCACAUCAGAGAACCCACACAGGAGAGAGACCCUAUGAAUGCUCCAAGUGCAGGAGGAGUUUCAGUCAAAGUUCACAGCUUCUAUCACAUCAAAGAACCCACACGGGAGAGAGACCCUAUGAGUGCCCUGUGUGUGAGAAAAACUUCAGUAGGAGCUCAACUCUUAUUACUCACCAGAGAAUCCACACAGGAGAGAAACCCUACAAAUGCAAUGAGUGUGGGAAAAGCUUCAGUGUGAGCUCACACCUGCUAUCACAUCAGAGAACCCACACGGGAGAGAGACCCUAUGAAUGCCUCCAGUGCGGGAAAAGCUUCAGUCAGAGCUCACACCUUAUUAGACAUCUGAGAAUCCACACAGGAGAGAAACCCUAUAAUUGCCCCAACUGCGGGAAACGCUUCAGUCACAGCUCAUCCCUUACUAAACAUCAGAGAAUCCACACAGGAAAGUAAUGAUAUAACUACCCCAACUGUGGGAAAAGCUUCAGAGUUCAGAUUUCACUAAUCACCAGAGAAUCAACAUGGGGGGAGACACUGCAAAUGCAGUGAGUGUGAGAAAAGAUUCAGUCAAAGCUCACAGGUCCUAUCUCAUCAGAAGAGAGACCCUAUGAAUGCCCCUAGUGCAGGAAAAGCUUCAGAGAGGUCAAACCUUAUUAUUCACCAAAUAAUCUCAUGGGGGAGAAACUCUUUCAAUGUCCCGAGUGGGGGAAAAGUUUCAGAACGACUCAGCCCUUACUACACAAUAGAGAAUCCACAGUGGAGAGAGACCCUACAAGUGUAUGGACUGUAGUAAAAGCUUCCGUCAGAGCUCAGCCCUUAUUAUACAUCAUACAAUCCACACAGGAGAGAAGCCCUAUAUCUUCUCUGACUGAAGGAAAAUCUUCAGUUGAAGCUCAACUCUUAGUCAACAGCAGAGAAUCUACAUAGGAGAGAAACCCUACAAAUGCAGGGAGUGUGGAAAAAGCUUCAGUGUGAGCUCACAUCUUCUAUCACAUCAGAGAACCCACAGGGAAGAGAGACCCUAUAAGUGACCCAACUGUGGGAAAUGCUUCUGGCAGAGCCUAAACCUCAUAAGAAAUUCCACAAAGGACACACAUCAUAGAAGUGCCCUUGUUAGGGAUGACCUUUUCCAAUUCCCAUGAAUUUCAGACUAGGUUGGAAUAGCCAUGUAAUGAGGAUAUGCAAUGGGUAGUUAUUAAAACAGAAAAUGAAAUCACUUUAUUGGGACAGAGUUGUACAGAGCAAGAGGCUAGAAUGGGAUUAGAUUGUAACUUCUUGAGAAGUUCUGAACACUGAUCAUGCUCCAUUCAGGUGUUACACAUCUAGAACAAUCUUUAUGUUAUAUACUAUGACUUCUCAUUUAUUCUUGAUAGUGUUUUAGGCCCAAAUCCACCAUUGUGACACUCAGAUAAUUAUAAUGCCUAACUUUUAGGUUGUUCACAGGAACAACACUGGGAUCCACAAAGCCCAAGUUAGAUAUCCAGGCUCCCUAUACAAUGAAGGGGAAGAGAAUUAAUCUUAGAAUGUGAUUCACAAAAGCCUUUGCAUUAGGUGGGGAGCUGCCUAAGCUAAUCGGUAGGAGAUGCCAAUGAGAAGGGUAUGUUCUAAGCCCUGCCCAUCUCAUGGAGAUAGGCACCUAUCUCUGUUUCUGAUUCAUGAACUGGGGAAGUUAGACACUCCUCUGCUGAUGGCAUCCAAGCCAGUUGGUGUGUUCAGACAAAACAGCUGUGGUGGGAAAGGAGGAUCUCACUCAUAACUUUUAGCCCCAUCAUUAGGGCACUUGCCCAGGAUGUGGGAGACCUCCCCGACUUCAAGUCCCCCCUCCAUCUGAUGAAACAAAGGGAUUUGAGUGGUAUCUGUCACCUCUCAUGUGAGUGUGCCCUGGCCACGAAACUAUGGGUUAGUCUGAUACAGAGAUCCUUCAGUUUCUCCUUAUGAAACAGUUCCACUGGAUAUAAAUACUAAAAGAGUCCUUUGGCUAGAGAGAGAGAGAGUUGGAAUGACUCUGCAGCAUUGUGGUUAGGCAACCACCCCAUAAGGUAGGUAAUUGAGUCCAGUUCCUUUCCUCCAUUGACUCUCUAAGUUUCCUUGAAGACAGAAUCCUAAGUCCCACCAUGAAGGAGACUUCACACUGAACAACAGAAGGCAGGGUGAGAAAUUCCACCUAGUAAAAAGUGCAGAAGGAUUUAGGAAAUCCAUGCUUGUUGCUAAAAUUCCAUAGGGAAUUUAUGCACUUUGAAUGAAGUCAGAAUUUGUUCUUUCAGAGCAUAAUUAUUGUUUCCUUAGAACACUGAACCCAUUGGAGUUCAGAUCUAUUCCAUAAAUCCAGACUCUUGGGACAGUAGGAACUCUUACUUAGGCUUAUAUGACUUUGGUAUUUUCCAACAACUUCCACCCAACUAUGAAAAAUAUUGUAGUGUUUCAGUGAAAACACUGCCUCCAUCAAUGGGAGAGUUUCUCCCGAUGGCAUAGGUACUCCAUCUCUUGGAGAGGCAGUAGCUAGGUCAAUGGGAGAUUUCGUCCUUUGACCUAGCACUUUCUACACCGGGGGGUCAGAUCAGUUUAAAUGUGCAGCUGAGAGAGGAGGGAUUUUUCAGACCAAUGAGUAAUGUAGUCAGACCAACCUAAUUUCCUAAUGUAGCUCAAGCCUUAGAUCUCUCUCCCUUACAACAUUACACUCUAUGUGGGAGUGAGAAAAGCUAUCUUCUAACUUCAACAUCUUUAGUCAAUAUUUAUGUUCUAAAUUUUAGAAUACUUUUAUUCUAAUUUUAAUUGUGUGAUGUGUUUUUAACUACAAGAGUUAACAAAUGUGAUAAUACCUUAUAUUCCACACUAGCCUCAUUUCACCCUUGGGGUGGUAACUUAACUAGUUUAUCUUUGUCUAUUUUAAAUACCAAAAGUAGGUUACUUUGUGAUAGUUCUCUUUCUACACUUGAACAGUGUUUACUCAUUGGUAUACAGAAUUAUGUUUAAUAAGCUCUCUCUCUUUUCUGCCAAUUACUUCAAUCACCAGGAUCUUCCUGUCUGUUAACUCUAAGAAUACUCUCUCAGCCUGCUUGAUUAGCUGUCAUUUGAAUACCAUGGUUAAUCAAACUGCUUUCUGAAUUUUCACACUUGUAAAAUUGCCUAUUAGCUCCACUAAAUCAAAACUAAUCCUCUCUGCUCUGCACUGUUGUAUAAUAAUCACAUUGGGUGAUUCUUGUACCCCCACUUUUGUAUGUCAUUGUAGUAAUUUCCAGCUAGACAUGUUUAUCUAAACUCUGCUGAAUUUCGAGCUGUAGUAAUCAGAUGACUCUGAUUUUGCCUUAAAAAUCUUGCUUAGCCUCAAAAUACUACCUUUUUGAGACAGAAGUAAAAGUAGCAGCAAUGGUUUUGCUAGUUUUUGUUACAUUGACAAUACUUUCAGUUAUAUUCUCCUACCCAGCCUAUCUAGUUUUAUUCAGUGUUAGUUUAAAAGUUUGAAUAUCAAGUUGAAGUAUAAUUGUUGUAAUUUAUUUGCUUUACUGAGUUUAUACUUGGUUGUUUGUCCUGCUUUGAGCAGCGGGUUGGACUAGAUGACCUCCUGAGGUCCCUUCCAACCCUGGUAUUCUAUGAUUCUAUGUUCUGAUACUAUUGCUUUAAGUUUAGCUUUUAAAUUAUGUUAAUAAUUUUUAGUUACUAGUUAUUCUUAAUUAGGGCAAACAACCUCUUGAUGUGGUUUAUGAAUAUUUAAUGGAAUCCCAUUCUGAUUAUUUCUCAUAGCUGUUUCAAUUUUAUAUUCAGUUUUAUAACACUAGUCCAUUCAUAGAAUCAUAAAAAAAGUAGGACUGGAAGGGACCUGAAGAAGUCAUCAAGUACAGCCUCCUGCACUGAGACAGGACCAAGUAAACCUAGAUCAUACCUGAUAAGAAAUUGCAUAAC